UGCAUCCCACAACAUUACUACACAUUUCGGUUCAAACCAACUGUUUCUUCCAGAAAUCACCACCGAUCAGGUUCUUGGUUUCGACCGGAUAAGCUACGUUGGCUCCAUCGCAAACAACUCAGUCAGCUUGAGCCCCAUAGUACUGAGCGAAGGAUUCACGAACGAAGUAGCAUUCACGCUGCACGGAGAACUGGCCGAGUACUUCACGCUAUCGAACCAAGGCGCGACCGUGACCCUCGCAUUGCAGGACUCUCUUCCGGAAGAAUCCAUACCCUCAAACCGAAUCAUUUUACUUGAGAUACAAGCGUCUGCCCAACAAGCUAUGUCGGCGUUCACCACUAUAGUGCUUGAAGUCAUCCUGGCCGACGACACGGCGCCGCCGCCCACCGCCCUCGUCUUUGACGCAACCUACUAUGUGGGUAGCUACACGGAGAGCGAUGGUCUCGUUUUCAGCACUCCGAUAGCUCUCGCCGAAGGUUUUGAAGUGGAUGUCGAGUUCGGUCUCGAAGGAGAUAGUGCGCAAUGGUUCACAUUAGUGCCGGGCUCUGAUAACACCUACAGCCUAGCACUCUCCAGUCCCAUUCCGGCAGCUGUCGUCGCCAACAAUCAGAAACUCAUCUUUGUCGUCACGGCUCAGAGGUCUGGUGGAGUCGCCGCCCGAGCCACUAUUGUUAUAGCAUUGACUGACGGUAAGCACAAAUCUCACGAGAGUUACGAUUGUCUGCAUCCCACAACAUUACCACACAUUUUGGUUCAAACCAACUGUUUCUUCCAGAAAUCACCACCGAUCAGGUUCUAGGUUUCGACCGGAUAAGCUACGUUGGCUCCAUCGCAA